AUGCUUCAGAUUGGACCGAGUUAUACCAGCCCAGUUGGGGGCCCCAUGGCUGGUUUCUCUUUGGAGAAAGCAGCAGCAAGAAACAGAACAAAUGCCAUCAUGGAUGAGGUACAGGAAAGCCAUGUGGAAAACUCCAAAGAGACAGCCAGUCCAUCUAAAGUCCCUGAGGUUAAGUCAUGGAACAGUGGUGCUCCUUCCCACCAAGGCUGCAGCAAAUUUGUGGACAACAACAAGAUUCCCAAAUGGAAUGAGAAUCCGGACUCUCGAGAACAAUUCCAAGGCAAGUCUACAAAGGAGCUGAAGAAGCUAGCAAGGCAAGGAUGCUGGGCUAGAAGUCAUGCCCUAAGAGCAGAAGCUUACCACCACAUUAUCCAGGACCUACAUUGUCGACUUAUGACUCCUGAUACCACAGUCUACAAGGACAUUGCUAGCAAGCUUUUCGAAGAUCAGAGUGAAAGUUUUGAACCCUUACCAGAAUUCAUGGAAGAAAGCAUCAUGCCAGAAUACUGCCUGACCAAGGAAGGACUCCAUAUGGUGAAAAAGGUACUCAUCUGCAUUUCCAAUCUGUACCCUGACAUCUCCUAUUGUCCCUUGCUUCCGGCUGUAACUGCCCUUGUGCUCCACUACAGCCAAGACGAGGCCCAGUGCUUUGAGAAUACCUGCCGGCUCCUUGAUUGCAAAGCCCCCCACACCUCCUACAUAGACUACUCUUUCCUGAAUUAUGAGGCCUCAUGCAUGACCUUUGGAGACCUUGCCAACAAACACUGCCCAGCCGCCCACCGCCUGAUAGCGAGCUCAUCAGACAACAUCUUUGAGGUAUAUUCCGAAUGGCUGGUAUGGCUCUUCAGUGACCUCCCAUUUGAUUAUGUCAUCCGUAUUUUUGAUGUAUACCUUCUGGAGGGACAGAAAGUCCUCUACCGCAUAGCUCUGGCCCUGCUAAAGCAAUACCAGCUUUUUAUGGCUUCAAAAGGAGCAGAAGUGGCCGACAUCAAGGGGAGUCUACAGGCUUUCAUGUGGGAUAUUCAUGAGCAUAUGACUGCUGAAAAGCUGCUAGAGAAGGCAUUUGGGAUCCGGCUUUUCUCUCGCAAAGAAAUCUGGCUCCUUCAGAUGGCUAACAGGAAAGCACUUGUAGAAAAAGGAGUCACCAUGGUGCAACAUAGGCAAUCAUUCCACCUGAUUGUGAAUGCACAUGAUUUCACUUCCACCAUUGUUACUGCUCAGGAAAUGCGUAUUGUGUGGUCCUGGAUCCCUGAAAGGUUUUCCUUAUUCUCACCGAACCUCUUAUUCUCAACUUCUGAAGAUGGAUACAGCUUGCAAAGGUUUUAUUCCUGCUGUGAAGGCUAUGAACCAACUGUAAUGCUGAUAAAAACUACCCUGGGGGAAGUGUGUGGAGCAUUUCUCUCCUCUGACUGGAAUGAAAGGAAGAAAAGUGGGGGAGCAUCAAGCUUUUUUGGCACAGGAGAAUGCUUUGUUUUCACUGUACACCCUGAAAUCGAACGGUAUGAGUGGGUAUUCAUCAAGAAGCCAGAACAAGCUAAAGCCAUGCCUCGCUCCCCACGCCAGCGUUCCCCGUCUCCCUUUUCUGCAGAGGGGCGCUCAUCACCCAGCCCCAACCAUCUCACCGUGCCAAAGUUAGACAUGAUUAAAUACCGUCUCUCUCCAUUCCUGGCAAUUAGACACUUCAAGUUACCUUCCAAAACAGCCUCUAUGUUUAUGUCUGGAACUCAGGAUGGAAUUAUCAUAGGUGGUGGCGGAGGCCAGGCCCUGUCUAUUGACGCCAAUCUGUAUCAUGGAAGAACUGAACACUGCGAAACAUUUGACAACCCUCCUCUUUGCCAGGAAAAUUUCCAGGUGCAGCUCCUAGAAGUUUGGGGCUUUCAAAACUCUUGAUCAACUCCUUUCCAGUUGAGGCUGAAAUUGCUUCUCACAACAUUGAUGGUAGUGAAACAAAGGACAUUGGAUGAUGACUGAUAGCUGGAGGUGUCAAUGAUCAGAAGCAGAUUUUUAAAAAUGUGGUUGUCUAUUAAUACUAUCUUUUGUGAUAAGAAUGUUUUGAAAAGAACCAUAAUAAUAGCUAUUUGAUAUUGUAAGAUUGCUUGUCCCCAAAACCGUUGUACCUAGAAGUCUCAAAAAGUUUAAAUUUAGAAGAAGAUAUGGAAUUACCAUGGUUCAUUGGUCACUGCAAUUAAGCAAAUCCACUAUCAGAACAGAGGAAAUCUCCAAGGACUCUUUUUCUUUAUUUGAUUGGUAUGAACAGGUACAGUCACUAGCUUUUCUGUCAAAACCUUUAUGCUAUAAAAGAGGGAGGGGAGGAAUGAGUGUAUUUAUAAAUCAGUGGAACAAAAAAAAAUCAAGGUAACAUAUGUCUAUAGACUUUAUUUUAGCAUGUAUUGAUGUAUUUCCUCUCAUGUAUCUUUUUACUUUGUGUGGUGUAUUUCUUUUAAUUUUGCUAUAACAAAUGACAUCACAUAGAAAGACAUCAGAUGCCAGAUAGUUGACUUUGAUUGGUAUGUUCACAAGAGAAAACCUGUGAAUUUGACUUGAUACCAUAUGUCCCUGCUGACAAUACCCCCAGUUUCCAUUUUUGUUAUAUAUGAUAUAGAAUUUAAAAGGAAGGUAAAACAGAGAAUGGUAAAUCUGUCAAACGUCUUUGGGUCUAGUUUUGUCAUAUUUCCUCAAUAAAAUUUGUUCUGUCUUACUUUU